AUGGCGAAAUAUACAGGGAAGGAAAGAGGGGGAAGAGAAGAAAUGGCGUUUUCUAGAUCCCCUUUCACCAUCUUAGGGUAUCUUACUGUUAAGCAGCUGCCGGUAACUGGUGCAUCUGGUAGGUAUUAUUUGGCAGAAAAUCAGGAAGGAAUUAAGUCAUAUAUUGUUGAUAUUGAUGUUGGGAUUGAUUAUGAAUAUGAACUUGGUGAUGACAUGUUAGAAGAAAUGGAAGGUAGUGAAAAUGAUAGUAAUGACUUUGAUGGAAUUGGCAUAGAAAAAAGAAGAGUUGUGACUAAUGGGCUUGAACAUUAUAGAGAGUUGGAACUGGGAAUGUCCUUCGAGGACAUCAAUGAAGCAAGAGAGAUGGUGGGCUUUUAUGCUUUAGUUAAUAAGAAGAAGCUUAAAGUCAAAAAAAGUGAUACAACUAGAGUUAGAUACAUUUGUCAAACUGGUUGUCCAUUUGUGUGUCUUGUUUCAAAGGAUAAGAAUACAUCUACUUGUACAAUCAAAACAUUGAAGUUCAAACAUCUAUGUGAUGACUGUUUUGAUAAUCCUAGAGCUGGUUACAAAACUUUAGCUUUGUAUUUCAAGAAGCAUGUGAAGAACAAUCCUAAGUAUGCUGUAAAAGAUAUGAGAGGGCAGUUGGAGAAUACCUUUCAGAUGAAUGUAUCUAAAAGUAAGCUAAAAAGGGCUAAAAGAUUGGUCCUUGAGAGGCUAGAGGGCAGCUUUAGAGAUGAGUAUAACAAGUUAGAAGCUUAUGGACAAGAAAUUAGACAUACAAAUCCAGAAACUGGCUUUGUAAUUAACCUAUCAAAGGAUUCACUUGAAGAAGGAAAAAGGAGGUUUUUGAGAAUGUACACUUGCUUCCAGGCUCUAAAAAAAGGUUGA